AUGGAUUUCAUAUGCGCGUUCAAUAUCGGACUCGAUUUCGCGUCUUCGCGAUGGUAUUUCGCGGACGCGCCGGAUAGGCGCUACUCGUUCGAGGCGGAGAGCAAGGUUGAACAGGCUUGUUGUGGGCUCCCCGAGUUAACCCCGGAACAGGGGAAAGAGCUGAGUGAAUUUUUAGCUAGUAAAAUACCGAAGGCUACCGAGGAACCCGGUGUUACCUCGCUUACGGAGCAUAGGAUAGACGUAGGACAGAGUGCGCCUAUUAAGCAGCGCUGUUAUCUAGUUUCGCCUAAGGUGCAGGAAGCGAUGCGCGAAGAGGUGAAUAAGAUGUUAGUUUCGGGAAUCAUAGAGCCGUCCUUCAGCGAAUGGUCGAACCCGGUCGUAAUG